AUGCCUGAACCCACGGGCUUGAUCCAAGUCUACAGAGCCGAAAACCCGAUUGUUGACGUCGUCGCCGUACAUGGAUUGAGGGGCCACGCCUUUAAGACAUGGACGCACAGAGAGUCAGGGAAAUUCUGGCUGGGAGAUCCAGAGUUGCUGCCCGCCCAUUUGAAGCAAGCACGGAUCUUGACCUACGGUUACAAUACCGCCAUUACAGCAAUCCUCGGCAAAACGUCGUCAGACACAAUUCUCCAGCAUGCGCACACCUUGGUGGCAGAACUGGUUGCGGAUCGGCAGGCAAUUAUCCUCUCUCAUAGUCGAAUAUCUGGGUCGAUCGUGGGCCUUCAUUCAAUCUACGUCUCCACCUUUGGCCUACUAUUCCUUGGGACACCGCACGAGGGCAGCGACAAAGCCGUGCUUGCAUCCUACAUCCGAGUCCUUCUGGACAAACUAGCCCCUUCAAAGCUGUGCGAUACCGAUGGCCAGCUCCUUAACGCGCUCAAACCAGACUCGGAAACUUUGAGGAACAUCACCGACAUGUUUGUCCCCAUCAUGAAGAGGUUUCACAUCUACUUCUUCUGGGAACAAGAGAAGACAAAUCUCGGAGGCAGAUACGACUAUAUUGUCCGCGAGUCUUCGGCAGCUCCGUUUCUCGAUGGCACGGUGCGUUGCGGCCUCCCAUGUGAUCAUAGAAAUAUGUGCCGAUUCGCGGGCCGAGAUUCGCCGGGAUACAAGGUCAUUGUCGCUACACUGGUACGGUAUUAUGAGGAGGCUGAGACGAUUAUUGCAAGAAGAUGGGAUGAGGCCGACAUCAAAUUGAGGACCAUGCGUGCAAACGAAGCCGCAGAGCUGUUGAGAGAUAAAAUACAACCUUGA